AUGGCACCUGGUCCGGCCAAAACAAAGAAAAGACAAAUCUCAAGUGGUUUCAUGCCUAAGAGAAACUCUGUAUUAGAUGCUCCCAUAGCUCCACCAAAGUCAACAACUUCCUCAAGUUCGAUCAAAGGAUAUAAGGGAAUAGGUGGUACUUUCCAAACUAAUGAGAAACCAACACAUCGUCUACAAGCAUUGAUGCAAGCUCGCACAGAUAUAAAAAAGGAGUUGCUAGCUGCAGGUAAGGAGCCACCAUCAAAAACUCCAGGACCGUCAACUCAAGCUCCCGACUCAGGCGUGAGCUCAAGAACUCUAGAACCUCCUUUGUCAAGUGCUCCUGUUGGUGAUCAACCGAAAAAUGAAAAUACUUCUGAUCCCUGUGAGACAGCUUUUGAAGAAAAUAUCCUGCAACAAACAGAUGCAAGUGGUGAGACUACACAAAACAAGAAGCCAGUAAGAGGACACUCACGUGGGGUUGAGUUGAACAAGGAAAUUGAGAGGACUGGAAAGAAGCGAGAAGUGGCGAUCCAUCCAGUCUUUGGCCGGCCAGUGACUAGACUAGAAUCUUCUGCUUUAGGGUCUUCUCUUGGCAAUAUUGCUCAUCUAUUUUUCUGGCCAAUUAAUAAGAAUCGUGACAAGGAUCGUAUACUGGAUGAGGGCAUAUUGAUGUUAGAGGUGAAACUGAACUUGGGAGACAUAAGAGAAAAUGGAGUGGAGAUGGAAAAGCUUUGGGGUCUCUUUCAGAAUGCUGUGAGAAGAAGAAGGGCAAACACAAAAAGAGAUUUCUAUACUAACAAAGCUCAUCCUAGGCAAAAUAAGCCCCCUUAUUUAAGUCAAGAAAAAUGGGAUGACUUGUGUGAUCAUUGGGGCACCGAAAAAGUUCAGGGAAUUGCUGAAGAAAACACGUCAAAUCGAGGCCAAGUGGUAAAUCUAAACACUCAAGGAAGUGUAGCCUAUGUUUGUUUGUACGAAGAGCAGAAAUCAAAAGCAGAAAACGGUGCCAUGUCCAAAAUGGAAUUCUACAAGUGGCAGGAUACCAAAGACACUAGAGAAUGGAGAACCCCAAGUAAAAAUGAGAAUUAUGAAAAGAUGCAAUUCCUUGUGGAAAGUACUCGAGACACUAAGGAUCCUAUAUCGGAAGAUGAAGCUUUUCAUAUGAUUUUAGGCUACAAAUCAGGAUACUGCCAUGGACUUGGAAUUGGCCAAUCCCCACCUAAGAAAAGAAGUCGUGCGGCCCUUGAUUAUGCACAAUUUACACAAGUAUUGAAGGAAAACGAACAGUUGUUAGCAGACAAAGAGUUACUUCAAGAAAGGUGUACAAAUCUUGAGGGUAAAGUCAUUGAAUUGGAUGAAAAGCAAACUGUGGCUGACUUACAGAUAUCAAGGUUUGAGAAGAUAGCAAAUUACAUCAAAGACAAAAAUAUCUUUGGGGACCUAGACCUCUGGUAA